GUAACGGACGAGCCAAUAGCGUAAAUGGAAGGGCGCUUUAUUCUCUUUCAUUCGUGCACUUACGAGCAAUAGUCGACCAGGUCGACGCGCGAUUUGUACGUGGCAAACGCCCUACAAAAUGAGAUAGGAAGGGGGGGGGGGAGAGAGAUAGAGCUAGCGGCUAGCAACUUCCUCCUCCGGUUUGACUUGCGUGAGCUGCUGCAGAGCCUCGUUCCUUUCCCGGAUUCUCUCGGCAAGGAAGGAUGGCCCAGAACAAUUAUUUUGGAUUUACGCACGGUGGGACGCAAUAUGGUGCCACUAGUGCAGCGGCUUACCAGACAGGCCAGGCUGGCUACGCUGUAACUCCGGCCGCGACUGCCGCGACCUACACUCAGAGACCGGCUGCCGCUGCGGCAACUGGCUACGAAACUUAUCAGGCAGCAGCAGCUGCCGCUGCAACUGGAACGACUUACGCUGCCAAUCCAGGCGCUGUUCCACAGACUUACGACUACGGGUACGGCAGAGCUGCCCCAGCUGCGACAUACGACGCCACCAAGACUUAUUAUCAACAGCCUGCUGCCGCAGCUACCUAUACGACCACAGAGACACAUUACCAAGCUGCAAAGCCUGCCUACAGCACAACCAGUGCCUACGCAGGAGCACCUAGACAGGCUGCAACCACUGGGCAAGCAAAAACCUAUCAGGCUUCCAGCACAGCCUAUCCACAGCCCAAUCCUUCACAAAACGCAGCAUACUCCUCUGGUUACUCUGCCCCAGCAGCGCCAGCUGCUGCCCCAGCUGCAGUGACCAACAAAACGGCGGGUACAGCGUACUCCGGCUACGACGCAGCGCUGUACAGCGCCGCGACAAUGUACGUUGCUCAGCAGAGCGCGAACAGCAAUUCGACUAACCCGAAGACCGGAGGUUGGCAGGGCUACGGGCGCAAGGGCUUCGGCUCAGGAGGUGGUGGUGGAGGCGGCGGCAUGAAGGCCAUGCGGCCGAAGCAGCCGCCUAAGCCCCAGCAGCUACACUACUGUGACGUCUGCAAGAUCAGCUGCGCCGGACCACAGACCUACCGUGAGCAUCUUGAGGGCCAGAAGCACAAGAAGAAGGAGGCCUCGCUGAAGGUGCCGCAGCAGCAGCCAGCCCGCGGUGCUGGCAACUCGCUGCGCUGUGAACUCUGUGAUGUUACGUGUACCGGCAACGACGCAUACGCCGCCCACAUCCGCGGCGCCAAACACCAGAAGGUCGUCAAACUACACACUAAACUUGGCAAGCCCAUUCCUAGCGCUGACCCCACGGUUCUCAACCCCAAGCCGAGUGCGGCUAAGGGAGCCGCAGCCAGUAAGAAGGGCGUCGUCACCGCUUCGCCUAAAAUCAACUUUGUUGCAUCUGGCAACCUCGGAACGGUGAAUGCCGGGCAGGACUCUAAGAUCGACGAGGCUGACGAUGGCACCGAGGAACAGGCGACUGACGAGAAGGAUAUCCAGCCUGUUGGCCAAGAAUAUAUCGAGGAAAACAAGUCCGAAGAUGGCAAGAUUAUUAGCUUUAACUGCAAACUGUGCGAAUGCCGUUUCAACGACCCCAACGCCAAAGAUAUGCACACGAAGGGAAGGCGGCACCGCUUCGCCUAUAAGAAGAAGGUCAACCCCAACCUAGUUGUUGACGAAUACAGGCGACGUCGUGACGAGAUGUCGCAGAUUGGCCCGAUAGGACCCAUGGGCCCGAUGAUGGAUGAAGAGAUGAUGUAUUGGGAGGAGCGCCGCCGCUAUGAGGAGGAUUUCGAGUACUACGAGUGGUAUCGCCGAUAUGGACGUGGCCCCGGGGCCCCGCCGAUGCCUAGACCUUUCCCCGGACCACCGCCCAUGAUGAUGUUCCCGAGGCCCCAGCGUCGACCCGACACCUCGGAUGACAAGCACGUUAUUGCUCACCACUCGUCCAUCUAUCCGAAAGAGGAAGAACUGCAGGCAGUUCAAAAGAUCGUAUCCCAUACUGAAAAGGCACUCAAGUUCGUGUCCGACGCUCUCGCUGAAUCAGCAACACCGACGCCUGCUCCAGUGAGCGCACCCGCAUCGAACAAUGCUCAAGACGCCACGAAAAAGGAUGAAGCCAAUAAAAAGCCUGCUCCGCAGAAAGAAGAUGGCAGUGAUGGCAAUCUCUUCUCUUUCCAAAAAGAGAAGGAAGAUUCUAGGAUUCUCCGAGGUGUUAUGCGAGUUGGAAAUCUGGCCAAAGGUCUUCUGCUUUCGGGAGACAAUCACGUUUGUCUUGUGGUAUUAUGUGCUGAGAAGCCUACUAGGACUUUGCUGAAUAAGGUUGCUGAAAUCUUGCCAUUGCAGUUGAAGUCGGUCGCGCCGGAAGAAACUUACAACGUAGGCAAACAUCCGGAAUCAGCUGCUCUUACAGUGUCAGGAGGCACUGUUACCGUCAGCGUCACCUUAACUAGUCCGCUGAUGCGCGACGCAACGAAAACCGCUGUAGUAGCAGAUAAUGCUGGACAGCAGCAACAGGGAGCUGCCACACAACAAACAGCACCCGCGACGCCGGCCGCGACGAAACCGGACCCACCAGAUGUACUUCCCAAGGCUAAGUGUUUGGAGGCUUUAGCUGCACUCAGGCAUGCCAAGUGGUUUCAGGCUAGAGCAACUUCAUUGCAGAGCUGUGUGAUGAUUAUACGUAUAAUGCGCGAUUUGUGCAAUCGCGUGCCCACUUGGGGCCCAUUGAAUCCAUGGGCUUUGGAGUUACUGACUGAAAAAGUGUUGAGCACCGCAGGAGUACCUUUGAGUCCAGGAGCCGCACUGAGGCGACUUCUCGAGUGUGUUGCUGGUGGAAUUUUACUUCCAGGAAGUCCAGGAUUGGCUGACCCGUGCGAAAAGGAUCCAGUCGAUGCCAUUGGCAACAUGACAGUCCAACAACGCGAGGAUAUUACUGCCUCGGCACAACACGCUUUAAGGCUUGUCGCGUUCAGACAGAUUCACAAAGUUCUUGGCAUGGAACAGCUUCCACCACCAAAGCACAAAGCUUUUACCCGCAAAAGGAGACGCGACAAUAGCAACGGCGAGGGCACCGAUAGUGAAGCUUCAAAAAAGGAUAAAAAGGCCGAGGAAGUUAAGAUGGAGACUGACUCCAAGUAGAUUUAACCAAAACAUUCAAUUUAAUACUUAAGCCGUAACUUAUAACAAAAAAGUCUAAAAAAAUCAUGAUGUACGCCGUUUAACGGUUUUCCCUCUGAAAUGUGUAUUGUGGCAAUUGCUUGUUUGCAAAAGAAACAAUUUAUAAUAAGCAAAGAACAAAAUAAAGCUACAGCUUUUUCAAAGAUUGCUUUUUUAAAUAUAAAACUAAAGAUGUAAUUGCCGAAUUUACAGUGUAAACGGUAAUUCUUAGAGUAUCGCAUUGAAAGCGAUAGUGUUUAUUCUUCUAGAAGCAGGCAAUCGGUACAAUAACAAAGUUCAAACGUUAUAGAUUCUUAUCGAAGCGACGAACGAACUAGACAGUUUGAUUGGUUGGAACUUCUCGUUUGGCAAUGCAUCUUCGAAAUAACACUGGAAAUCAAUCACAGUUGUCUUGUGAAAGAAAGCAAAGUUUGAACGGAACCGGAGAUUUGUAACUUGAAAGUUAAGAAUAGAUGUAGUUUGUAUUAGGACAUUAUGUGUAUGUUGUGUGUGUGUAGUCUUAUUCAGAUAAAGAAGUAAGAUCAAAUGAAUGUGGUUUGGGAAAAAAUGAAAUUAUUAACAAAUAUCUUUUACAAUGAAGCUUUCUUUGAAAAGCUACAUGUAAUUCUGAGGUAUCAAACCUUUAAAAGCAUAGACCUCAUUGAUUGAUACAUGACUUUGACAAAAUCAAUGUAAACAAAUACUGCAUAAUUAUUAAUAAUUUUGUAUUGGGCCACGUAAUAACAGUAAAUUAUUUUCAAAAGUCAAUGUAUAGCUACACAGUGUAUUAAUAAGAAAAAGAAUUUCACUUGACAAAGUGAAAAUAAUAAAAUUGAAAAAAUAUAGAAAGUAAUAGAAAUUUUAAUUUUUACAAAAUCACCAUUCCUAAUAAAUUUGUGUAUUGACAAUUGUUUAUUACUUUUAUCGCUUUAUAGCACUAUCUACAGUGAUAUAAGUAAUAGUGACCACACACACAUACACAACACACAAUCACUUAUAUAAGUAUUGCAAUUCGCGAAUGAAUUAAGACUGCUUUUUCGUUGGCUUUCAAUAAGCAAGAGCUGUUUAGCGAUGUCUUUGCGAGUAGAGUAGUUUUUCACUCGAUUUAUAUUGUAAUCGAAUUGUAUCAGAAGAAAGGUUUUUUCUUAUUUUCUUUGUACUUUAAUACUUAAUGAUUUUGAAUAGUUUUAAUAAAAUUGCACUCCAUUAGUGUCAUCUAUUUGAAUUAACCACGUUCCUAAUAUGAUAAAAUAAAUUACAAAUAACAUAACAGUAUUUGUUUCAUUUUUUUCAUUGAUAACAAGGAAAAAAUCUCAAUUUCACAAGACUUUGUACCCGCUAAGUUUUUGUUAGACACUUUUGAAAUAAUAAAUAUACAGUACAAUUUC